CAUUUCUAAAAGAGGAAUUUUUAUGAGACUUUUUGUAUGUUUGUGAAUGUGGGUAGACUACCAUUAUUCAACAAAGACAAGGUAAAAAUGGUUUUUCAUUCUCUGUCCCCUUUAAUAAGAAUCCUUAGGACUGAAACGCCCAUUCUUUUAAGAGUUUCUCCAGAAUCAGCAGGUUAAAAGUUACUUAAGCCUUAAGAUGUUUUGGAAAUACGGCCAUUGGUGUUUUAAUCACCUAUGCAUCUUCAAUUGCAUCACUUUCAUUUUCAUUUACAGGUCAUCCUUUAUCAUAAAUAGUUAUUUUUAUAAAUAUUUUACAGCUCACACAAUCUGGCAAUGCUUGUGUUGUGUACAUAUAAUGCAUUCUCAGCAUUCCUUAACAGACUGAUUAAUCAUUGAUAAAGUCAACACCUGCUUCAAAGUUCACACGUUAUCCUAAGGCACUGUUGAAAAUGACAGCUACACCUGAGCGUGCAACGGCCACCCCCGGGCCUGAGGUGCCCAACAAAUUUGCUUUACAGGCUGCUGAUAUUGCUGUGAUUGUGGUCUACUUCGUGUUUGUGUUGGCAGUUGGAAUAUGGUCCUCAGUCAGAGCCAACCGUGGGACGGUGGGUGGAUAUUUCUUGGCUGGACGAUCCAUGACAUGGUGGCCAAUUGGUGCUUCUUUGAUGUCCAGUAACGUGGGCAGCGGCCUGUUCAUUGGAUUAGCAGGGACUGGAGCUGCAGGAGGAAUCGCGGUUGGGGGAUUCGAGUGGAACGCAACGUGGCUCCUCAUUGCCUUAGGCUGGAUCUUUGUACCCGUGUAUAUUUCAUCUGGAGUGGUCACUAUGCCGGAGUAUUUAAGGAAGAGGUUCGGGGGUCAACGCAUCAGAAUCUACAUGAGUGUGCUGUCUCUCAUACUCUAUAUUUUCACCAAGAUAUCAACAGACAUUUUUUCAGGGGCUCUGUUCAUCCAAGUGUCUCUGGGAUGGGAUCUGUACCUCUCUACUGUUCUGCUGUUGGCUGUCACUGCACUUUAUACUAUAGCUGGCGGUCUUACGGCUGUAAUCUACACUGAUGCCUUACAGACUGUAAUCAUGGUAGUCGGAGCUUUUGUCCUCAUGUUCAUAGCGUUCGAUAAAGUGGGGUGGUAUGAGGGUUUGCUGGAUAAGUAUGAGAAAGCUAUACCUGCCAUCACAGUUCCUAACACCACAUGUCAUCUUCCUCGGGCCGACGCCUUUCAUAUCUUUAGAGAUCCGUUAACGGGAGACCUUCCCUGGCCAGGCCUGAUUUUCGGGCUAACGGUUUUGGCCGCAUGGGUGUGGUGCACAGACCAGGUGAUAGUACAAAGGUCCCUAUCUGCCAAAAACUUGUCCCACGCGAAGGGUGGUUCAGUACUGGGUGGAUACCUCAAGCUACUCCCCAUGUUCUUCAUAGUUAUGCCAGGCAUGAUCAGCCGAGCACUUUAUCCAGAUGAGAUAGGAUGUGUGGAUCCUGAUGAAUGCCUGAAGGUCUGUGGGGUCAGUGUGGGCUGUUCCAACAUUGCAUACCCAAAGUUAGUCGUGGAGCUCAUGCCAGUAGGUUUGAGAGGUAUGAUGAUCGCUGUAAUAAUGGCAGCACUCAUGUCCUCUCUCACCUCUAUAUUCAACAGUAGCAGCACACUAUUUACUAUGGACAUAUGGCAGCGAAUCCGACCCCGGGCCUCGGAGACAGAGCUCAUGGUGGUGGGCAGGGUGUUUAUUUUAUUGCUAGUGGGUCUGAGCAUUGUGUGGAUUCCAGUCAUUCAAUCAGCCAAUAGUGGACAGCUUUUCGACUACAUACAGGCCAUCACGAGUUACCUGUCACCUCCCAUUACCACAGUGUUCCUUAUGGCAAUCUUCUGGGAACGGGUAAAUGAACAGGGUGCUUUUUGGGGUCUGAUGGUCGGACUUGUGAUUGGGACAGUGAGAAUGGUGAUGGAAUUUGUGUACGGGACCCCAUCAUGUGGAGAAAAAGACUUGCGUCCUGCUAUACUAAAAGAUGUGCACUACCUAUAUUUUGCCCUCAUCCUACUCGCACUAACAGCUCUGGUCAUCACGGUUGUCAGUCUCUGCACUGCUCCUAUUCCCAAACAACAUCUUGUUCGUCUGACCUGGUGGACAAGGCACAGCAAGGAGGAACGUGUAGAGCUGGAAGACCCCUGGGCCAGAGGGUCCAGCCCAGCAAGCUCUGAGCCCAGCAAUGCAGAGUCAGGUGAAGACACACCUGCAUGGUGGAGACGUGCUGGGAUGUGGUUGUGUGGUUUCUCUAAUGCAGCACAACCAAACUUGAGUGAGGAGGAAAAGAAGGCUCUGGAAAAGAAACUCACUAAUAUUGAAGAACACCACACAUGGAAGACUGUCUGCAAUAUUAAUGCCCUGAUUUUACUCACUGUCAGUGUCUUUUUUUGGGGAUAUUUCGCUUAAAUAUAUUUGCAUUUAUGCAAUGGGUGAAUGAUUUCAUAAAACAACGUACAGUGCAUUCAAGGUAUACAUUUUUAUCAGUAUGUGUGCUCCCGAAUGGGAAUCUACCCCAUGUUAACUUAGCAAAGUGUUAACUGAGCUACAGGAACACUAUGAAAUAUAUUGAUAUGAAUAUUCAUGAAGACUGAAUGUAAUGUUAUUUGAACAUUUUCGAAAGCAAUAUUAAAAAUAUUAUUUAUUAAUCAUCUAAUAUUUUCGAAUUUAAGAUGUCUUACCUUCUUAGAAUUACAUACUUUUUGCUAACACACAUUGAACCUUAUAUAACUUAUCUUUUGGGAGAAAUUUCUUAAACAAUAAAAUUUUCAA